CAAAAGCGUUGCCUCUACUGCUAAAUCUCAAACGUUCAGAAACCCAUUGCUCCACUGUGGACACAUCAUUUUAUAUUUAUCAUUUGGAUGUUAUGGAUAAAAACAGUACUUACUCUCCGAUCACAUGGCCACCAAAGUUUUGGGAGCAGAUAACAAUAGCCUUCACAGUGUCCAUGGCGGUCGGACUGGUGAUUGGAGGGAUCAUCUGGGCUUUGUUUACCUGCUUGUCCCGUCGCCGAGCUAGCGCCCACAUUUCCCAGGGGAGCUCCUUCUCCUACAGCCGCCGGUCCAGACCCCCCUCCCCCAGCCACACUGCAGGCAGGACUGGAUUUUAUCGCAACAGCAGCUGUGAACGUCGGAGCAACCUCAGCCUGGCCAGCCUCACCUUCCAGCGGCAAGCGUCCUUGGAGCAAGCCAACUCCUUCCCCCGCAAGUCAAGCUUCCGGGCAUCCACCUUCCACCCUUUCCUGCAAAGUCCUCCCCUCCCAGUGGAAAUGAACAGUCAGUUGAUCACCCUGACUCCGACAAGUACCACCACAACCCUUGUGGGAAGCACCACCAACAGUUUAAGUCGACCUGAAUUCCACUGGUCUAACAACAGCCUCCGCAUCUGCCACUCCACGCAAACCCCUCCUCCUGCCUAUGAAACCAUCAUAAAAGCAUUCCCAGACUCCUGAACUAGUUUCUUGCUACAAACACACUCAUGAAUUUCAGGAGGAACCUCAAUAGUUUCAAAUGGUUUUCUGUGCACACUGAGGAUCUCUGAGAAGUCUCCUGUUGCUGUGAUGUGUUGCAGAGGGAGCAUACAUUGUUAAGAGCGAGUAGCGCUGAUUUUUAGAGCACAAUAUCCCGCUGGACAAGGAAUCACCUGUCUUCCGCACCAUCAGCCCCAGUUUACUGAGCUGUGAUGUACCUAUGUAUUUAUACUACUGUAUCUUUAAUUAUAAGCUUUGUAUCUUUUAGUUUAGAGGAAAGAAAAUGCUGCCAUAUAAGACACUGAUCAUUUCUUGUCAUUUCUUGAAGAAAUAGAUUGUAUUAGGAAUUACUGAUAUAUACAUUUCUGUAAAUUUCACUAUUCUGCUUCUGUUUUAAUGAAAGCAGUUGUGAUUUUAUAUAUUUUCCCAAGGAUGUUAGAUUGUCAGUAAAUACAUCCCAUUAUCCAUGUUCUUCCUAUAAUGACAGAACAGCUUCUACCCGAGGAACCUUAGAAACAGAUAUUGAAGUAGAUUUAAUGUCACAGACCUGUUGAUGGUAGUAGGCAUCCUAUUUUGCUGAUUGUAGAGGAUCUUAAAAAACUCUAGCUCAGGCUUGUUUGUAUAACAUUCCCUACAGUACCAGAAAAAUGUUGAAGAGGAAGAAGUACAAAACGCACGGUAACAAUUAUAAAAAUUUUUUAGUCCACAAUCAGUAGAAUAGGUAGUCACAUUUUAAUACCUAAUAAGGCUGUACGGGAGCAGAAUUCCUGAUGUUUCAUUUUUCUAGUUCCGGUUAUCAAGAUAAGCAACAUGAAUGACAACUCUUUUUAAUAGUUUCCUGUUUUGUUAUGGGAUUACUCAUUUCCUUACUUCAAAUCAUAUUUUUCAAAUUGCACCAAUGUUUAAUGCUUCCUGGCAAGUUAUUCACUGAAAUCCUGUGUUUCACUAAAUCAAAGUUUUAGAUUUCUAUAGCUGAACGAUAGGAUUGUACAAUUACUUGAAUAUGAAGAAAAAGUUGGAAUAUGUAGUUGAGGCUAACAUAUCCUCUGGACUGUUGUACAUGUACAUGUCCAUUAUGUCAACCUAACCCCCAACUUAGUAGAGACCAAUUGCGCUGCUGUGAGAUGUUAAGGAUUUGGAAAGAGCGCAGACGAAUGAGGCCUGAUUUAAAUCUUAUUGGAUCAUUUUCCCGUUAAAUGUUUUGUUCAAAUGUUGAAAUGAAGGGAAAAGAAUUUUCACAAGCAGAGGAACAGUCCUAUCCCUCACUUACAAAUAAGCCUCUUAGCCUU